GACCUGGACUUCAACUAUUUGGUUGUCGGGCGGGCAAUCGAAUGGGUGGGGUGUAGACCAUCAAUAGAACCAUUGACUGAUGCAGCAGCGGACUUCUUCCACGCGACCAGGGUCAAAGGUGACUUCUGCAAGAAUGCUGCCUGGCGAGUGCGGAAUAUUCUGAAGCUCUACCGGCUUCUAAAUAUAGCCAUCCCUGAAGGACGAUCGCCCCCAGAUGCUGAAGAGGAUGCAGAUGCUGAUCUGGAGGAAGCCGAGGAGGAAGAGUGCUUUACAGAUGAUGAGGUUCUGGAUGUCGGAGCCACGGCUAGUACUGAUGGUCUCGAAGGCCCUGCUUUGAUGCCGCCCCCCGAGUUGCCAAGUGCUGCCCCCACACCUGCCGAGCCCCGGAUGCUUGUGAGUGCAACGCUAAUCGAGACCCCGUCCCCUCCGGCUGCUGUGCCGGAGCCUAUUCCUGUGACUCCUGUGGACCCAGCUGUUGUUCCUACGCCUGCUGAGCUGGAUCGUUCAAGAACAAGUGAUUCCAUUACGACUGCAGCCACAUCCACGCAAGUGACCCCGCCACCCAGGCACGAUUCGUGUGCUUCUCCGGAUUCUACCGAGAAGUUGCCCCUGCCAUCGAGCAAGAAACGCAUGCUGCUUGAUGUUUUGGUGAAAGAGUAUGCUUGCUUGGAAGAGCUCCUUACGCUGAAGCGUCAGAGAAUGGCCAAGCAAGCUCUUGAAGCAGCUCGGUCAGUGCCGCAUGGUCAUGGUGAUGUGGACCGCUUCGACACCCUGCCAAUGGACCUCGGUGUGGCAGAGCAGGUGCUCGAGGCUGCAAAGGUGGAGUGUCGCAAGCAUGAGGAAGAGAUGCAGGAGCCUGAUGCUGUUGCGAAGCAGAUCACUGCAGGUGAGGAUGCAGAGCGAUCGGCUGAAGCCGAUAAGGGUUCCGUAGAUUUGAGUGCAGUGUCUCCUCAGCAGCAGAUGCAAGCAGAGCCGAAGGCUGGAGCGGAUAAGAAGGGAAAGCGGCCGCCGGGAAGACCCAAAUCCAAACCGAGCCCAAAGGCUGCCGGUGUGGAGCCAGCGCCAAAAGCGUCGGCAAAAGCGAAGGGAAAGGCCAAAGCCGAAGCAUGCCCAGCGGCAAAAGCGAAGGGAAAGGCCAAGGCCGAAGCAUGCCCAGCGGCAAAAGCGAAGGGAAAGGCCAAGGCCGAAGCAUGCCCAGCGGCAAAAGCAGCAGCAAAAGCGAAGGGAAAGGCCAAAGCGUGCGCAAAGCCCGACGAGCGGCCCGCUGAUGAUGGUGCAUCGCAUACCAUGUGCAAAAAGCGUCAGCCGAUCCCCGACGAGACAAGCGACGAGGCUCGCAAGAGGAAGUCCAGACAGUCAUGCGCCUACCACAAGGCGAAGAAGCAAGCGGAGGCAGAAGGUAUGACAACAGCUGAAGCCAAGGAGAAAGCAAGGAUUGUGUCUAGCCUGAUAUCAUGUUUUCCAUGCUUUGAGAAACCGUCAUGUGCAUGUGUACAUGUGUUUCUUCUGGCCCUUGCAAUACUUGAGGCCUACAAAAGCACCGCAUGA